UUUUCUAAAUAAACCGUGACGUGGAGCAUUUGGGAGCCGGGCAAUCGUGUAACGCAGUCGUAUUGGACUGGAAUAGGCACAGAGAGAAGAUCCAAUUCCAAUCCCAACCGAACAAACUAGAAAUUAGGGUUCAUAUCCCAUUUCCUCAGAUUUCAUCUCAGAUUUCGCAUUGGUUUGCGUUGCGUGGUUGGUUUUGCGGUAUCGAAGAAGAAGAUGGGGAAACAGGUUGUGCCGGUGAAAUCAGUGAUCUACGCGCUUUCCCCUUUCCAGCAAAAGAUUAUGCCGGGUCUCUGGAAGGACUUGCCCACGAAGAUUCACCACAAGGUCUCCGAGAAUUGGAUCAGCGCCACUCUUUUGCUCGGUCCCCUCGUCGGCACCUACGCGUAUGUUCAAAACUACCUGGAAAAGGAGAAGCUGGCUCACAGGUACUGAGCUCUUGCAAGAGCUGAUUGGAUAACCUUCUAGUUUGUUGCCUUGAUCUUGUUUAGCCACCCAAUAAUGUGACACUGUUGAAACUUGCUCUACCGUUUGGUUUUGAUAUGUCUGAGUUUGAGCGUUUUCAACUUUGACAGUGUUUAUUGAUGGUAUACUUCAUUAAUCCAUAUUACUUUAUAGUUUAUAUUUUGAAAGACAAUUUAUGUGUUGUCAAUAAUGCCAGAGUUAGUUUGGCAUGUUAAACUCAAGAAUGCUUGAGUUAAUUUUAUCAUUUUUUAAUUCAAAACAAGCAUUCUUAA